AUGCCGAGUCCGUACGGUGCAUCACAGCACGACUACCCGCCCGACGCUUCCAACGUCUACCUCGCCCAUCCAGGCGAGAAGCCACACACUCGCUCGUCAUUCGCCAUGUCUGCCGCGGGCCACAAGGGCGGACGCGGACGCAGGAUCUGGCUCUGGAUCCUCGCGGCCCUCGUCGCGAUUGUACUCGUCCUCGGUGCCGUGCUGGGCGGCGUGCUGGGCUCGCGAGCAGCGAACGACCACAAGAACAACAGUGUCAAAAGUGCGAAAGACGGCCAAGGAGGCGUCGGCUCGUCCGCCGCGACUCUCGCAGCGACGACGAGCGACGCCGCCUCGACGAGCGCGACACUGACCACCUCGAGCGCGGCUCCGACGUCGACGCCUGCAGGUAACACCUUCAAGGUCGUCGACUUGCCGCCCUGGUCGUGGGGACAGAACAAGUCGAUCGGGAUGUGCCUCGGCAACUGGCUCAUCCUCGAAAAGUGGAUGGCGCCCGACUGGUUCAACAACACGGUCAACGCCGUCAAGCCCGGCGCGGGCGCGACGACGAUGGACGAGUGGGGAUUCUGCCAGGUUCUUGGGCAGGACGGCGCAAAGGCGGCGUUGACGGACCACUUCAACACCUGGGUCACCGAGGACGACAUCCAGACCAUGUUUGAAUACGGCAUCAACCAGCUCCGCAUUCCGUUCGGCUUUUGGGCGUUCAUCCCGACCCAAGGCAACGAGCCCUACGUCAACGACCAAGCGCUUUACCAGUCGCAGAUCGAGCGCAUUCUCGGCUACGCCCACGCUCGCGGAAUGUACGCCAUCCUCGACUGCCACGGUCUCCCCGGAAGUCAGAACGGCGAGCAGUCUUCCGGACAACUCACGACGACGCCUUCGUGGUUCGGAGGAUCGGCUGCCUCGGAGACGCCGAACCAGGUCAGGUCCGACCAGAUGGUUGCCGCCAUCACCGACUGGGUCGCCAAGUCGCCCUACCGCUCGGUCGUCACCGGUAUCGAGGUCAUCAACGAGCCUCGCCCGUACACCGACGACCAGAUCCAGCAGCUGCAGAACUACUACGAGCGCAGCUACGCGACGAUCCAGAAGUCCGCCUGGCCCGUCGCCACCUUCCUCCACAACGGCUACACGAACCUCACGUACUGGCAGUCCUUUGCCGCUCAACACGCGACCUCCCCUCCUUCGAUGGUCAUGGUCGACCACCCUUACCCCGGCAAUUUCCCGCCUCAGAACAACAGCGCCGACAUCCUCAAGCAGGUCUGCACGGCCGGACAGCGGUACUUGAACUACCCUAUCCCCGUCUGCAUCGACGAAUGGAGCUUGUAUACGGGAGUGAAGGACCAGGCGUUUGAGAAGCAGUUCUACGAGCAGCAACUCGCGACUUGGACCUGGAGCGCCGGCGGCCACUACUGGAGCUGGAAGCUUGAGACGAGUCAGCAGGACCUCGCUGCUGGUCUUGACUACAGCCAGUACUCGUUUGUCACGCUCCUGAAGAACAACUCGGCGACGAUCCCCAAAGCGUCCGACUUUGGCCAGAACGGCACGACGACCCAGUCCGCCGCCGAAGCCUACCUCGCCGGUAUCGGCUCGGACCUCUCCUCCGCAUGCGGCGCCGCACCUUCGAACGUCGCGCCCUUUGCGACUACCUCUGUCCCCGCAUGGACCGCUGAGCAGUCUGCGCGGUCGUCUGCGAAGGGCCAGACUCUUACGGCGACUGCGACAGCCUCGAGCGGCUCGGCGUCGGCGACGGCAACGACUCGACAGCGUGUCAAGCGGGCCAUGUCCUACAAGGCGUGA